AUACGAAUAAUUUCUUACUUCCUGCAUAUAAAACUAGUAAGUUCGUCCCAAAAGAUGUGGAAAUCGGCUGCACCUCUUGGAAAAAAAAACUUUGCAAUAGUCUUAAUAAUUGUGGGGACAUACAUAACUUCAUCACAACCGUCCGUCCGGUGCCUCUUGAAAUUAAUCAACGAGGUAAAAAUGGCGAUGAAGAGCACCUAG